CACUGCACCCCUCCGUCGCGUCUGUUGCCAUGUUCCCGGUUUCCUUAUGGGUGUGGUGACGAAAUUGCUGGUGAAAAUUGACUCUAUCAGCUCGCGUGAGGGGUGCGUGGCCCUUUAAAUGUGUGUACAAUUUUAACUGAUUAAUUUUAUAAGCUUUGAGUUUUAUUCUUGCUCUUGUCAACAUGCGAGGGUUCUGAAAACAGCUCAGUUUCGACCAAGCCAGCCGGAUACAGGUCCAGCGUGUUGUCGUCUCAGGUGUAGGUCAAACAGCAACAAUGAGUGAGUUGGAACAGUUACGACAGGAAGCAGAACAGCUUCGCAACCAGAUCCGGGAUGCUAGAAAAGCCUGCAGUGACUCCACACUUUCACAGAUAACGUCGAGUUUGGACUCAGUGGGGCGCAUACAGAUGAGAACAAGACGCACACUCAGAGGUCAUCUCGCCAAAAUCUACGCCAUGCACUGGGGCACUGACUCCAGGUUACUUGUCAGUGCCUCCCAAGAUGGCAAACUGAUCAUAUGGGACGGUUACACGACCAACAAGAUGCAUGCUAUUCCCCUGCGCUCCUCUUGGGUCAUGACCUGUGCCUAUGCCCCAUCGGGGAACUACGUGGCCUGUGGAGGCCUCGACAACAUCUGCUCCACCUACAGCCUUAAAACCCGCGAGGGCAACGUCAGGGUCAACAGAGAACUGGCUGGACACACAGGUUAUUUGUCUUGCUGUCGAUUUCUUGAUGACAAUCAGAUCAUCACCAGCUCUGGUGACACAACAUGUGCAUUGUGGGACAUUGAGACAGGCCAGCAGACCACCAGUUUCACAGGACACACAGGUGAUGUCAUGAGUCUAUCGGUCAGUCCAGACUUAAAGGCAUUUGUGUCCGGGGCCUGCGACGCCUCAGCCAAACUGUGGGACAUCAGAGACGGGAUGUGUAGGCAGUCUUUUACAGGCCACGUCUCCGACAUCAAUGCUGUCUGCUUCUUUCCUAAUGGAAAUGCCUUCACUACGGGCUCAGACGAUGCCACUUGCCGGUUGUUUGACCUGCGUGCAGACCAGGAGCUGAUGAUGUAUUCUCACGACAACAUUAUCUGUGGCAUCACCUCUGUGGCUUUCUCCAAGAGCGGACGGCUGCUGCUGGCUGGAUACGACGACUUCAACUGCAAUGUCUGGGACACUUUAAAAGGCGAGCGCAUAGGGGUUUUGGCCGGUCAUGAUAACCGGGUGAGUUGUUUAGGAGUGACUGAUGAUGGAAUGGCUGUAGCCACGGGAUCAUGGGACAGUUUUCUUCGCAUCUGGAACUGAGAGUGCUCUUAAAAUCUCCAGAUUCUCCCAUGAUAAAACAUCUUUGUUUCAGCAUAUAAAUGUGAGCAGACAGUUGGACAUGAAUUACACUACCUGGUCAGGAAGAUUUACCUGUUCCCUGAAUCAUUGCAUUAGAUUAGAUUUGUAACAUGAAUGUAAAAAAACAACAUGAUUGGAGCGAUCAAGCCAUUCACUAAAUUUUGCCAUAUUAAUAAGUGCCAGAGUCCUCACUGUGUGUCUCUGUAUUUAAUUUUUUUUGCACUUCAGGUUGUCAAAUUAUAUUGUUAACUCUCUUAAUACAUUUCAUAUAACUGUGAAAUAGCAUUUAAGAACUUUUGUGUGUGUGUGUGUGUGUGUGUGUGUGUGUGUGUGUGUGUGUGUGUGUGUGUGUGUGUGUGUGUGUGUGUGUGUGUGUGUGUGUGUGUGUGUGUGUGUGUGUGUGUGUGUGUCACACACACAGUUGAAGUCAGAAGUUUACACACACUUUAGCCAAAUACAUUUAAACUCCGUUUUCACAAUUCCUGACAUUUAAUGGUGGAAAACUUUCCCUGUCUCAGGUCAGUUUGGAUCACUACUUUAUUUUAAGAAUGUGAAAUAUCAGAAUAAUAGUCGAGAGAAUGAUUUAUUUUAGCUUUUAUUUCUUUCAUCACAUUCCCAGUGGGUCAGAAGUUUACAUACACUUUGUUAGUGUUUGGCAGCAUUGCCUUUAAAUUGUUUAACUUGGGUCAAAUGUUUUGGGAAUCCUUCCACAAGCUUCUCACAAUCAGUUUCUGGAAUUUUGUCCCAUUCCUCCAGACAGAACUGCUGUAACUGAGUCAGGAUUGUAUCCAAAAUUUGUGGGCAGAACUGAAAGUGUGUGUGUGGCUCUUGCUCACACACACUUUCAGUUCUGCCCACGAAUUUUAUAUCGGAUUGAGGUCAGGGCUUUGUGAUGGGCACUCCAAUACCUUGACUUUGUUGUUCUUAAGCCAUUUUGCCUUAAGUGUGCUUGGGGUCAUUGUCCAUUUGGAAGACCCAUUUGUGACUGAGCUUUAACUUCCUGUCUGAUGUCUUGAGAUGUUGCUUCAAUAUAUCCACAUAAUGUUCCUUCCUCAUGAUGUCAUCAUCUAUUUUGUGAAGUGCACCAGUCCCUCCUGCAGCAAAGCACCCCCACAACAUGAUUCUGCACCCCCAUGAUUCACGGUUGGGAUGGUGUUCUUCGGCUGGUGAGUCUCGCCCUUUUUCCUCCAAACAUAACGAUGGUCAUUAUGGCCGAACAGUUACAUUUGUGUUUCAUCAGACCAGAGGACAUAUCUCCAAAAAGUAACAUCAUUGUCCCCAUGUGCACUUGCAAACUGUAGUCUGGCUUUUUUAUGGUGGUUUUGGAGCAGUGUCUUCUUCCUUGCUGAGCAGCCUUUCAGGUGAUGUCCAUAUAGGACUCAUUUUACUGUGGAUAUAGAUACUUGUGUACCUGUUUCCUCCAGCAUCUUCAAAAGGUCCUUUGCUGUUGUUCUGGGGUUGAUUUGCACUUUUUGCACAACUACAUUCAUCUCUAGGACACAGAAUGCGUCUCCUUCCUGAGCGGUAUGAUGACUGCGUGGUCCCAUAGUGUUUAUACUUGAACGUGGUACCUUCUGGCAUUUGGAAAUUGCUCCCAAGGAUGAACCAGACUUGUUGAGGUCCACAAUUAUUAUUUUCUGAGGUCUUGGUUGAUUUCUCAUGUUCUCAUGAUGUGAAGCAAAGAGACACUGAGUUUGAAGGUAGGCCUCAAAAUACAUCCACAGGUACACCUCCACUUCAGUACAGAAUUUUCCAAGCUGCUUAAAGACACAGUUAUCUUAGUGUAUGUAAACUUAUGACCUGCUGGAACUGUGAUUUAGUCAAUUAAAAGUGAAACAAUCUGUCUGUAAAAAAUUACUCAUGUCAUGCACAAAGUAGAUGUCCUAAACCACUUGCCAAAACUAUAGUUCGCUAAUAUUAAAUCUGUCGAGUGGUUAGAAAAUGAGUUUUAUUGACUACAACCAAACUGUAUGUAAACUUCUGACUUGUAUAAAAAGGGAUCCGCUUGAAAAUAUGUUGUGGUAUUAAUGUAAGAAUGUAUUUUUUUGUUCUUUUACAGUAUGAAGAUGCUUAUUUAGCAUAAAUAAACAACCUAUUUACCAUUCCAGAGUUUGUCAACACGCCAUAGAGGAAUUUUUGCUUGGUUUUAAGAUAUUAGUUGACUGUGAAAAGAGAUGUCAUUAAUAGCAAUGUCUCCUUGAAAAUUCAACAGUUUGCACAGGAAGUUUGUUUGCUGGUAUUGUAACUAGUAUUGGUUAAAAGUAUUGCUUGAGAAUUCAGAUUUCUGUUGAUGGUAUUGUGGUUUACUAUAGAGGUUGACAGAUUGCCAAUCCGUGAUUAUUUUUGUGGUUGUUUUAUAAUGAGCAAGUGUAAAAUUUGAGUGGUUGUUUUAGAUCAGCUGAAAUGGGCAGUUUUAACAUCUUGCCAUCUUAAUUGUGGUUUUGUUUCUCCAUUGGCUCUUUCAGACCUUUUAGCGAAACCAUUGUCAACUUUAAAACAAGUUGUUUGGGACAUUAUUUCCAUUCCUGCUACAGGCCAAACCACUCAACUGAGCAACAGUAAAGCAUUUUAGUAUUACCUGUUAGAAGCCCAAUGCUUAAAGUGUUUAUAAGUAAUAGGCUUUUGGCUCAUUUGUAUUUUACAUCAUGUUAUUUUUAUUUUUGAGCCAAUGAAACCAGGAGUGUGGUGCCUUGUGUACUUUCACUGUGCCAUAUUUGCAAUUAAUCAAUUUAAUAACUUUGUUUCAACUUUUUUGGUAUUUGUAAAGUAACAUGGUGAUAAUGUUGCUAAACACUGAUAUUGUAACCAAUAAAACAAAGACUUUUAACCAAA